GUUUAGUAACAGAACCUUACAACUGUUCAGGAAAGUAAAAACUGUCAUUAAUUCUGACAUUACGAUAAGAUUGCGUUCUUAAGUUAUCAGUAUAUAAUACUCUAUGGAGUAAUCAUUUGUGUCAGUUUUAAGUAACGCCUCGGCCGAUAUCACAAUGAGGAUUGUAACUGCUUUCACGGUUUUAUCGCUGAUUUUAUGUGUAUUUGGAGCUCCCACAUCUGACAAUGGAGAUGAUGAGAAUCUCGUGAUAACCAAGAGCAUGUUCCGAACAGAAUACAUCAAAUACGAGGCUGAACAUGAAAUUGUUAAUUUACUUCUGCCUAUAAACAGCCUUAACUUCGAUGAAGAUGAUUCAUCGGAAUCUAAUUCUAGUUCAAAUGAAACUGAUACAGAAAUAAUAUUAUUUUUUGUAGAGGCUGAUAUUGAUUCAAACGGUAAUCGAGUAGACCAAGGUCUGUAUGUACUUAAAGAUGAAAAAGCGACUAAGCUUUUGGAGCAUGGUAGAGACGCAGCUGCAUCCGGCGAUAACAGCCAAUUAAUUUUCUUCGGGGCUGAAGACGGAAUUUAUGUUUACAAUCGAAAAAAUAACUCUGCUGAUAAAUACGGUACAGUCGAUGACAAUAUAAUUGGUAUUGCUAAAGAAAAAACUGGUGACGUUAUCUAUAUUCUUACGGCAAAUCAUGAAUUGUUCAAUGUAUCAAACGAUGGCAAGACGAAAGUGAAAUUAGAUGACGUCGUUAACGCAAAACAAAUUGUCUUGGAUUACUCAAAUAAUAUUUACUUUUACUCGGAUGAUAAGAAAGCAUACGUCCGCACAGCUGAUGGUGUUAAGAAAAUUGAAGGUCUCCCCGAAAAUCCCACCAGCGUAAAUCUUAUCAAGCCACCAUUCACGUUGGAAGAUAGUGUUCCUUUUAUUGUCGAUAACACCGUUUAUAUUAUAUAUGCUAAUGGUACAAGUGAACACGCUGGAAUUGAAUUUAAGCCCAAAGCCAAGCCUUCAGCAUAUGCCCCAGAAGCAACCCUGCUCCAAUAUUAUGCUUAUGAAAAGAAAAUUUACGAAUACAAUGUCUUGACUAUGUUCUUAAGUACUAUGUUCGAGGAAUUGAAAAGUUUCCUACACAAAAAAAACGGAGAUAUUCGAGCACUUGCAAGCAAAAGUAGAAAAUAUCGUGAACGUGCUUAAAUAGUAUAAUAAUACUAAUGAAACCAACGCAACCUAUAUUUUAAUACAAUUAUGCAGUAAUAAAAAAAUUUAAACAUAUAA